GCCACAGUAGAGGCACUUGGUAGUCGGUUCGAUUUUGCUGGAUUUUGCUAUCGUCGUCGUCCUGCUGCCAAAAGUGCGACGACAACUUCGGAAGGACAAACAAUAGCGGAAGGACAAGAGAGGGCCGGGCGUCCUCGCGAACGGCCCCAGGUCGAAGGUCUUAUCAGGUCAACGUCCGGUGUCAAACCUGCGUUCAAACAUUCGUCGUCUCUGCUCGCUCGUCUCUCUCAGGGCGAAGGGAGAAUCGAAGGACGAAGGUGCGGUGUCUCAACCAAAGGAUGUGUGUGUCCUGAGCGUGACCAAGACCACCCUUUUUGAGUGUCCUGUUCUCAGAUGGAGAAUGUGAAUUUGGUGAGCGGCAGGAUGUCUUCCGGGUCGUCAGGGUCUUUGACCCAGCAGACGCCGCCUAACUCGCCGGCCAAGCCGCCCCCGCCUGGGGGCGGCAACGAGCAGCUGCCUACUCGCCAACGCUCCCUCAAGGACCGAUUCCGCGACGGCAUCACCGGCAGCUUCUCCUGGCAAAGCAAAAGUCGGAGUGUGGACCACGGGCUGUUGAUGUCAUUUGACCUGAACUCGCUGCGCAGCAAGGUGGAAGGUCGCAUUGAGGCGGUGCAGGGCGACGACCCCCCGCCACCCCCCAGCAAUGACGAAGGAAGCAGCAAUGAAGGUGGAAACAAAGAGCCGAGAGUGGCUGCCAAAAUUGUGCAGCCUUCCAACACCACCACCUACACGGUUAAGGCGAACGACACACUGACCUCGGUGGCCGCGUGCUAUGACACGACGCCCGGCGAACUAGCCAAACUGAAUAAACUGCCGCAGCGGCUGCCACUCUUCCCCGGCCAGCUGCUCUUUGUUCCCCUGCGCGACCGCCCUGCCCCCGCGGUCGCCUCCGAUGCCCCCGACACGGACCAAAACUCUUCCAACCUCCUCGACCCGGAAAAUGCCUCCACCGAACCAGACGAGGAAAGGGACCUGCUGGACAGUCUUCGUCCGGCGUCACCGCUGCCAGGGGCCGGUGGCAAGCCGCUGGCCGAGGCCACUGUUGACGCGGCCUCCUGCCCCCUUAAGAGUAAGAAGGCCCGAGACAGGUUCCUCAGGAUCAACGUCAGGCACAUCACUGACGGACAGGGCGUAGUAGGUGGCGUGCUGCUGGUGACGUCAAACGCAGUCAUGUUCGACCCAAACGUGUCAGACCCUUUGGUGAUCGAGCACGGGCCCGAGUCUUACGGGGUCAUCGCCCCCAUGGAGUUUGUGGUUAACGCGGCCAUCUACCACGACAUUGCGCACAUGCGUGUGCGUCGUGCCCCCGGUGAGGCGGCCCCACCAACCCCCACGGCCAAGCCCAUCAUCUACAGACCCGAGGGUGAAGUUGAGGGUGACAAGGAAGGCUCCCCCUCCAAGGAUGAGUGCUUCCCUGAGCUGCGCGCCUCUACCUCCACCUCCCCCUCCAACUCGCCCGCCAGUCUCUGCUCGAGCGAGCCCCCCAACGCCAAGGCCCGCGACGGCGACGCUUUUCCCAAGGCCUUUGAGCGCGACCUGGUCACCCCUACCGUGCCCCCUGACUCAGCUGCACCUGCCUCCGCCAAACCCGAUGACAGGACCCUCACCUUUUACGACUCAGGAAUCGACAUGCGGGACAGCGCUGGAACUUGUCACGCGACAGAACCAAUUGCAGAGGAGGAAGUGACCUGCGGUAGCGCCAAUCCAGAGGGCAAAGCCAUUGCCACUGUUAAUCGCAAAAAGGUAUCCAGCGUGUCCCUCUCCACUGACACGCCUUCAUCGGACGCCGCAGAGAGGCCUGAACGCUCAAAGGGGUUCAAACGACUGAGCUACCCGCUGUCGUGGGUGGAGGGCCCUGGUAGCUGUGACAAGGACUCGCUCGAAUCGUCACAGUCGCAGCCCAACUCUGCCGACCUCAAGGAGCAUCUCUCCGUUUUCUCCAAAGUUUUCUCAAGCAGGAGGUCUUCCAUGGACGCGAGCAGAAAGGCGCAGAAACUAGAUCUGGAGGCUGAACGGGCCAGCGCCGCCGACUCGGGUGCCAAACUCAACUACCACAGCAUGGUGUCCGUCGAGGACAUGCCUGAGCUCUUCGUCUCUUUUGAAAAGCUGAUACCACGGCCGGCGCGGCCCAGCGAAGACCCGCCUAUGUACCUUCGCCUGCUCAUGGGCAAACCUAUUAACAAGCGCGUCUCUAAGUCCACCCCCAUAAUGUCCUACGGGAAGAAGAAGAUGCGCCCAGAGUACUGGUUCAGCGUUCCCAGAAACAGGGUGGAUGAUCUGUACCAGUUCAUUCAAGUAUGGGUGCCGCACCUGUACGGUGACAUCGAGGAGAUGGACCUGGCCGAGCGGGGCUUUGAAUUGGUCGACUCGGACACAGAGCUGUGGCCUGAGGAGGCGGCCGACGCUGACCACAAGGACAACAAUCGCGGCUCAACCUCGUCGGCCGGCGAACUUGGCGAACUCACACGGGAGUCCUGGGAGGUUUUGAAGGCGCCCUAUGUAAAAUUCUACACGCUCCUGAAGACUCAGACUAUUUCUUCUGAGUGCGAGGCAAGGCCAGAGGUGCUGUCGAUGAGCGAGGAGCUGCGUCGGGCGCUCUACGCUGCAGGCGGGUCUACGGCAGGUUCGUUCGACCUGGAUGUGUUUGGGUUGCCCGAAUUGAUCGGCACCACCGAGAUCUUGACCGACGGCCACCGGUUGCGCCUUCUGCGCCACUUGCCGGCGCGUGCCGAGGGCUACCCCUGGACGCUUGUUUUCUCCACUUCUCAGCACGGUUUCUCCCUCAACUCCAUGUUCCGCAAGAUGGCCAAGGUCGACUCUCCCAUCCUUGUUGUCGUCCAAGACACCGAAAAUCACGUUUUUGGGGCGAUGACGUCAUGCGCCCUGAAAGUGAGCGACCACUUCUACGGCACCGGCGAGUCCUUCCUCUUCCGCUUUGUCUCGCCGGCGGCCACGGAGGCCCCGCCUGUUGGAAAAGAGGCCGACGCGGAGGCCGAUGAGGCCAAACCAGUGACUAGUCCCAGCAGCAGCCCACAGCCGAGCAAACUCGAGGUCUUCGACUGGACAGGCGAAAACAUUUUCUUCAUCAAAGGCAACAACGAGAGUCUAGCCAUUGGAUCUGGAGAAGGAAAGUUCGGGCUGUGGCUUGACGGCGAUCUUUACCAGGGUCGGACGCAGGCGUGCUCGACCUACGGCAACGCGGCCCUGGUGGACGGGGAGGACUUUGUGGUGAAGACGCUCGAGUGCUGGGCGUUCGUGUGAACAAAGAGGGGUAGCUUGUGAUAUAAUACAAAGUGUGUCGGUCUCGGACCAGCCCUGCAUUACCCAAUUGUUGUUUUAUGAAGAGGGCGCUCACAUUCCACUUGGACGAGAUAGAGAGAGACAGAGACGGACCGCGAGUAAAUUAUUAUGUAAUUUUUAUUUGCACAAAGGCGGGUGUCGCCCGCCGCACAGGGUGCUGCUAACAGAGUUCUAUUUAGAGAGAAAUAUUUUGCAGACACAAAACAAACCACAUAGCGCUCAUUCACGGAUCAAUUACGAAUCGCCACGGCCUAAGCUAAGUUGGUGUACAUGUAAUUAGUGAGAAUACAAAAAAAAAUAAUGCAUAUUUACCAACAAGAUUAAAUAAGUGGUGUUAAGUAGAGGAGGGCGAGUG